CCCCUGUGCUGUGGGCUGGCGGCGGGGAGAGGAGGGGACUAGCCGGAGAGGAGGAGGAAGUGGAGGCCGGCUGCGAAUAGCGGGCAAAUGGGGAGCUGAGCGGCUGCAGCAGCACCGGGGCCGCGCAGCAGCAGCAGCAGCAGCAGCCAGGAGCAGCAGCGGCGGCGGCGGCGGCGGGCGGGCGGGCACGGAGGCGAUCCGGCGGCGGGCCCUUGCUUCACAGGCGCCGAGUGCGAGCUGUAGUCGGGCUGUGCCCGUCGCGCCGGGCUGAUCCCCCUCCUGCCGGGGCGGCCGCCGCCUCUCCGGGCCGGCAGCAUGCAGACCUUCCUGAAGGGGAAGCGGGUGGGCUACUGGUUGAGCGAGAAGAAGAUCAGGAAGCUGAAUUUUCAGGCCUUCGCCGAACUGUGCCGGAAAAGAGGAGUAGAAGUAGUACAGCUUGACCUCACCAAACCCAUUGAAGACCAGGGUCCUUUGGAUGUGAUCAUACAUAAACUGACAGAUGUCAUCCUUGAAGCAGACCAGAAUGACAGCCAGUCACUGGAGUUGGUUCACAGGUUCCAGGAGUACAUUGAUGCUCACCCAGAAACCAUUAUCCUGGACCCUCUUCCAGCUAUCCGUACACUUCUGGACCGAUCCAAGUCUUAUGAGCUAAUUCGGCAAAUAGAGGCAUACAUGCAAGAUGAGAGGAUCUGUUCACCACCCUUUAUGGAGCUGACAAGUGCCUGUGGAGAAGAUAUCUUGCAGCUUAUAGAGAAGAAUGGACUGGCAUUCCCAUUCAUUUGCAAAACCAGAGUGGCCCAUGGAACCAACUCUCAUGAGAUGGCAAUCAUCUUCAACCAAGAGGGCCUGAAAGCUGUCCGCCCCCCUUGUGUCAUUCAGAGCUUCAUCAAUCACAAUGCUGUGCUCUACAAGGUCUUCGUGGUUGGAGAGUCCUACACAGUGGUGAAAAGACCAUCUUUAAAGAACUUCUCUGCGGGUGUCUCAGACAGAGAAUCAAUAUUUUUCAACAGCCACAAUGUUUCAAAGCCAGAAUCUUCAUCUGUCUUAACAGCACUGGAUAAAAUCGAAGGAGUGUAUGAGCGGCCAAAUGACGACGUCAUCCAGGAAAUCUCCAAGGCUCUGCGGCAAGCUCUGGGAGUUUCCCUCUUUGGAAUUGAUAUCAUCAUUAACAAUCAGACUGGGCAGCAUGCAGUCAUUGAUAUAAAUGCAUUCCCAGGUUACGAAGGUGUAUCUGAAUUUUUCACAGAUCUCCUGAACCACAUAGCUGCUGUCCUGCAGGGUCAGGCACCUGAGGUGACUCAGCUAAACCGCAGCAAGCUCCUGGCAGAGCAGAGCAGUGGGAUCAUGGAUGAGCGGAUAUGCUGCUCUAGCACGGGCUGUCUCAGCGUCAUGGGAAAAGACUCCUCCUGGAUUGUGGAAAGUGAGACCAACAGCUCAGUAAAAUUGCAACACCAGAGACUAGGCUGCAACUCAGCAGUGUCCCCCAGCUUCCAGCAGCACUGCGUCGCUACGUUGGCAACAAAAGCUUCUUCUCAAUAACUUGCUGAUGCCAUGGACUGAGAGAAAGCCACAGGGAUACAAUUGUGGUCCCAAAAAUCAGAUAAGGCUAUAACAAUUGUGAAAAAUGAAAAAAUCAAUACAAAACACAACACAAAAAAGCAGAAUAAAAAACACCUUCCAUUUGAUAUAACCUGAUUUCCUGAUGAAAUGGACUGAAAGAUGGAGAGCAAGAAGGUGAUUCAGAUCCAUUUUGUCAGAUUCCAGUUGCAAAUCUAUAGUGAGUUUACACACAUGUGGGUUUUAACACUAGUCCUUUCAUUGUGGGAGGGUUGCUCUUUCAUUUCUAUUGUUCUUUGUAAUCACUGGUGACCAGCAUUUUAAAAUCGGACCUCAUGGUAUCAAGAAGAUAAUAAUGUUGAAAUGCAGUGUCUGAAUGUAACAGUGCUAGAGAUUUUUUCCUAAAAUACUCCCUGUUCCUUUUUUCUAGGCAGGCCAUUGCAAAAAUUUGAAAAAUCUUGAAACUUUGACCAGUCAAGAUGUUGACAAGUGGCUUGCUGUGAAGCUGUGGCACUUGGAGUGGGACAGAGCAGACUGGUUGUUCAGGGUGACCACCCCAGUUCCAGCUUUGCAGUUCUUUCCCAGGCCUCAUUGCUACAGUCAAAAGCAGCUCAGCUCCUACCCACGCUUGCCAACAGCGACACGUGUUUGAUCCAGACAGGGUGCUGAUAGUUAGGCUGAGUGAUUUAGUAGAUUGAAUAUCAUCCUUUCAGUACUCUGCUAGUGGUGAAAUCCUAGAAGAGUUAAUAGAAGCAGCUUAUCUCCUAGCAGAGAAUUUAAUUCUCUCUCCAUUGCACUUGUGAGGACUCUGGAAUAGCUCUGCAAAAAGGUUGAUAAAGAGAGCUACACAUUUUACUUGGAGCUGUGCACCAGAUCUGUAGAUCCUAAGGGGUAACACAGGUGCUGCCUUCCACAGAUCCCUGCUGCUUUGCAUUUUCUUUUAAUUUUGCAAACUAAAUAUAAAAAUAAUUGUGUACCUUUGUAUGAAGUCAAAGUUAUGACAGCUCUAGCUUAGAGACCACAUUAUUUUGUUUCAAGCUGUCAGAUGAGGCCAUGGGGUAAGUUAGAGUACUUUAUACUAUUUGUAAGCUAUAGCACAGCCAAAUUGUAUCCUUUUAGAUACACAAUAGUAAACCUACAGUGUUCACCCUCUAUCACAUCUUCUAGCAUGGCAGCAUUUUCUGCUCUAGAAAAUUCCUGAAUCUUUUGCCAAUUCAAAACACUAAACUGGAAAUACCCGAGUCUGUCAGCACUGAGUACAGAGACACCAUUUUGGUAGACAGAGUGGCCUUUGCUUUGCUAUAUAAGCCCUAAAAUACAUUUAAGAAGUGUGGUGUUAAGAAAAUUUCUUAGUUGAGCUCCUAGCUUGCAGAUACGGGAAUUUCUGUCUUCCUGUAGCAGGUAUUUGUAAUGCAUCCAUCACUGCAGCGUGUAAUACCCAUUUGUUUAGUAGCAUGUGUUAGGAAUCUUCUCAAAAGGAAAGGAACUAGAGCUUAAAGCCCAGGUGGACAGUGGAUAGAGGAGUAAACUGUGUAAAAGAUGUCACCACCCUACCUGAUGGUACCAGUCCUGAAGGGGAAUAAGUCUGGAAGAGUGUUGUGUAGCAGUUCUUUUGUGUUAACUUUUCCUAAAGAGAGAUCAGGUUUGUUCCCAAAAUUGCAUUCGUGGAAAUUCCCUGAAGCCAGGGUUGGAUUUUUGGGGAUGAUUUAAGAAGAGAUUAUUCCACCUGUAGAGGGGUUGCUAACUUUUAAGAUAUUUCUAUAGGGACUGGAAGGAUGCUGUGAGUGUGGUACCUGUCAGAUUCCAGGGUGCACAUAAAUGCAGUCAGCUUCCUAAGCUAUUGCAGAUCAGUUCUGAGCUGGGCACGCUUCCCAACCCUUGUAUGGCAGGAUCCCAUGUGGUCUGCAGCUUGCAGGUCUCCAGUGGUUGUGUUGUGAGUGAGUCUGAUGUAUAUAGGUAAGGGUUUUUAAAAGUAUUCAUGAUAGACCAAACCUUUCGUAAAGCCAUGACUGAAAUAAAAUUGACAUCUACAGUUUGAGGUUUGUUUUUGUUUGUUUAAAAUAAAAAAGUGUUUUUAUGUUACAUGUGUAACAAAAAAUACCCUCAGGAAGGAACUUGCCAGUGCAUAUUUUUGUAUGGUACUUUCUUGUAACCAGCUGGUGGAGUGUUUGUAGACUUGCCUUUUGCUCCCUUUAUUACAAUAGCUUCGGGUGGGUUUUUUGGGUGUUUUGUUUGUUUGUUUGUUUGUUUUUUUAAUGGGUGAUGGGGAAGAAGCAAUGAUGUUAAACUGGGUUAGUAACUCAUGGCUUUCAAACUAAGUAUGUUUACAUGAAUCUGAGUGUUGGAUCCAAUGGAAAUGUCUGUGUGCUGUUUCCUAGUUAGAAUAUCAAAUAAGAAUUUUCUUUUCCUGGCUGCCUUCUGAAUUUUGGUUGGCCUAUUUUGCACUGCUUUAUUUCUCCAAAAUAAACUACUGAAAUAUAAUUGUGCAUUUUAAACUUGUUUACAAAUGAUUGUUAGAAGUUUGUUUUGUAAUUCUCUGAAGGCUUGCAGAAAUACUAUAUUUAAAUAUUAGUCCAGACCCUGGCAGUAAAUAGAAAGCAAGUUUAGGUCAUUGGUGUGAUCAGUGACAUUUUUUCCCAUAGUCUGUAAUUUAUUUUUUAUUUAUCAAAUGUAUUGGUAUCACUUUAAUUUACCAGGUGCAGAUAUUCAGGUACCUGUUGUGAUGUGGCAUUACAAUAGUUUUCACAUAAGUUAACAUGCAAUUGCUGUACUACUCUUAUUUCCUUAUAGAAAUUAUUGUUAUGACUUGUAUACUCGAAUGUUUCUAAGUCACAGGGGCAAACUGAGAGACCAGCUUAUAAAAGCCAAAACCAUAAAUUACCAAGUAUCCACACAUACAAUUACAUUAUUGCAAAAUAGUCAAGCAUACUUAUGUUAUUAACCCUGUGCUGAAGUGCUUUUCUGAAUUGCUGCCUCAUUUGAUAGUUCAGGAUAGUUUUGAUUUAAGAUAAGCUUCACAGUAAGUUAGUAUUUUAUAGUCUUGUCUUUUUUUGUAAAAGUAGAGGAGUUGAAUAAUAUUAGACCAUACCAAGAAUGCCCUUGCUCUUAAAAUUGCAGACAAUCUGAGGGAGAUUUUCCAUAACGUCUGUUUAAACUUUGUUAUUAUGGGUUAGAAAAGGUUCUGCUGUGUUUUCACAGGCAUAGCUAUUUUUGCUAUGUUGAUAGGAGCAAUUAUAUUAAAAUUACAUGGUCACCAGUUCUUUAGGGAUCUAUUUCUGUUCUGCUUCACUGUUAGAAAUCCACAAGAACACCAUUAGCUUGGCUGGAAUUUCUCCAGGCUCUGUGUCAGUGUGAUGGAGGAGGUGGGAUUCUGGUUUCCACUGUAAUUAUGUAAUUGGCUUCAGUAGGGUGAAGGUUUUUCCCCACUGAGGAGAACUUGAGUGGUAUUAUUACUGCCAGCAAAUCCAUUGCCAUCCCCCACCCCUCUGGCUGACCUUGCCACCCUGUGCUUGGGUUUGUAAUGGCUGUGCCAGAACCUCCCAGUGGGUCAGUGAAAACCAGCCCAGGAGUGCGGCCUAACAAGGAGCAUUUUGGUGCUGGUGCUUGUGGUUUGUGUAGUACGGAACCACUGCUGGGCCAGUGCUGUUUUGCCUUUGCUUCUGAGCUGUAAAUAGCCAAUUGACCCAUCUGGUCAGUGGGUAGGGUGCACUUUUAAAAUUAAUACUAUUCAGACUAUUGGUAUGAUAGAGCUGCUCAACGAUUGCUAUCUUCAAUGUGUGAGUGUCUGUGCAGAGGAGGUCCGCAGCAGAUUGCUCAGUUGGAAAACCACCAGUUUCAUUUGUUUUCAUAGAUGAGUGAGUACAAGUUAAGAACCUGACCCUGAGGCUUUAUGAGGUAAUGUGGAUCGCUCAAAAUAAAGCCUCAAGUUCUCCAGAUAACUGCAGGUUGUAUCCAGCCAUGUGGAAUAGUGGGUAGGUAAGACAGGCAGGGCAGAGUCCAAAGGGAACAGAAUACAUGGGGCCAGAGGUGCUUGAAUUGGCUGGGAAGAGAGAGUGAAACAAAGGAAAAUGCUUUUGUUGUUUCCAUCCAAUAAAAACCAAUAGAGGUUUGUCAGUUCUUAGACCAACACUGGUUUCCCAAAGUCUUUGUGUGGCAGCAGUGACAAGUCAGUCAGGCUUUUUCACACUAGCUUACAGCCUCGCCUUCAACAGCUGAGCAGAAAAUCCUGGAUUUUGGUUUGGUUUUUUUUUUUUUUUUUUAAAGUAAAUAGAGUCUAUUUUGAGUUUGUAGCAGUCUCCCCAGGUGCACACUUUCAGGAGUUUGCUUGCAAUACCCUGCUAAUUUUCUUUUCGUCUCCUUUUUAGUAAGAGAUGUAUUCAUUUCUGUAUCCAGUGUACAAUUACUUUAUGGUGAUGCAACUGUGUGUUUUGUAAUCAGGAGUAUGUGAAAAUGCUUUGUGUAGUUUAAAAUAUUUCCUUUAAUAUAAUCUCCUCUCACUUUCAUAGAUAAACAGAUACAGCAUUGCAGAUCACAUUGCUGAUUUUAUUUGUAAUAUUGCUUUAAUAACUAUUUCAGAGGAAUGUAACCUCCAGAAAAGUACUUUCCACAUCUUCACUACCUUUCCUUUCCCUUUUGACUCUGUGUGAAUCCAGGCCAUCAACACUUGAGCUUUUGACCAAAUAGGUUUUGGAUCCUCCUUGGAUUUUGUCCUGUUUACAAAGCCACAGAAAUUACUAAAGAGAGUAAGUUUGUUAAGUUUGAGAGGAUUCAGGUAUAAAUAGAGAUUUUAAAGCAAUUCCUCAGCAACACAAGCACGAUAGCUGCUGUAGCAAGCAAAGGCUCUGAAUCAUUGUUGCUUAGUGCAUUCAGGUGGCUGCUGGGGUCUAGGAUACCCCUGCUGCUGGGAUAGUUUUCCUGUGGAAAUAAAAAAUCCAUUGCAAGAAAAUAUCCCAUAUCUGUGAUGCAAAAGAAGGAUGAGGAGUGCAUAGUGCUUGGGAGUAAAAUCCUGGCCAGUGGGCAUCAUGAUACCAGUGGUUGAGAUUUUCAGUCUGUGUUUUUCAAUAGCAAUUAGUGGGGAGAUGUUUUGUCUUUUCACCUUUUUUACCCUGAAUCCAGUGAGGCUGAUGCUAGCAGAUGUGUCUGGGUCACAUGUCCUCAUUAGCAGGUGACCUUGCCCAGAGUGCCAUGUGUUUGCAGAGGGCUCCUGAUGUGUUGGCAGGUUUUUGUUCAUGGCUUGGAAAGGUGUUGAAACUCCAGAAAGAGUUGAAACAGUGAAUGGAGUUCUUGAAAAUCAGGUCUUCCUCUUCCAUCCUUUUUAAGGAAACACACAUUUUAUUUCCUCCUUCCUUCUUUACACAGUAGGUUUUAGAUAUAAAUUAUUUUAACAUUUUUUGGUGUGAAAAGUCAUAUAUAAUAUAUAAAAGUUAUUAAAAGGUUGAGUAUAUGUUCAGUUUAAAAACAGAUUUCUUUGUUUCAGAUGUUAGCAGCCCCUAAAAAUGAGUUGUUUAUCAUCUUGUUAAGUCAGUGCUGUAAAAAAAUAUUAAAAAUAAAAGAUGUAUUAGAUGUAUCUUUUAUUAUUUAUUUCUGAUUCAGUAUUCUAUACAGCUUGUGUAUACCCUUGUGAGAACCACAUACUAAAAUGCAGUCAUUCUUAAAAUGGAGUAGAAUAAUUCCUUGGGAUCCCAACAAUUUUUAGAAAACUGGCCCUCUGAGUGUGAAUAGUAGUUGGAUAUUCUCCUUCACUUUCCAGCAUUCCUUCCCACCUAAGCAUGGCUGAAUUUGGGGACCAUUUUGUGUAUGUUGCUAAGUUUUGCAAGUUCAGCAGUAUCUCUGUUAAAAUCCCUGCUGUACUGUGUUAACGAAGUGUGUCUUGUGAUUUGCUUCAGCCCCAGUUCAUUAUGACUUCUGAAAAAGAAAUCCCAUUUUGUACUUAAAUUUGUAUAGAAUUAUAUAAAUCCUUAAAAGAUUGUGGCUUACUGUAAAACCAAAAAAUACUUGCUAUUUUGCCUCUUACUUCAACUGCAUGACUGAUCAGCUCUGACAAUGAAGAUGGUGCUUUCAUCUAACAGAAUUGAUUUCAAUGGUAAUAUGUUCAUUCUCUUUUCAUUUGCCAAGCACCUGUUUUGGACAAUGUUUUGAUUUCAACAGUAAAGCAAUAUGCAGUAGGUAUUGUGGCAUUAUCUCUGUAAUUGUUUUGAAGACAGAAUUGUCCCUUUCCAACACAUAAUGAAAAUAAAUGCCUUAUAACAA